GGCGCCUCAGCAUGGCUCAGGCGCUGCUGGGGCUGCUGCUCUGCUUGGGCUCCGGCGUGGCGCGCAGCAGCAGCAGCAGCAGCAGCAUCGUCGUCGAGGCUCCCGGCGGGAUCCGGCUGCCGCUGCGCAACGGGCUGGGGGCUCUGCAGCAGGUGGAGCCGCCGCGGACGCCCCGCUCGGCGGGCGAGCAGGACGAGGCGCGGCGGCCGCGCAGCAGCUUCGUGGACAUGAUCGACAACCUGCGCGGCAAGUCCGGGCAGGGCUACUACGUGGAGAUGACGGUGGGCAGCCCCCCGCAGAAGCUGAAUAUCCUGGUCGACACUGGGAGCAGCAACUUUGCGGUGGGCGCAGCGCCUCACCCCUUCCUCAGGCGGUUCUACCGGCGCCAGCUCUCCAGCACCUACCGGGACCUGCGGAAGGGGGUGUAUGUGCCGUACACGCAGGGGAAGUGGCAAGGGGAGCUGGGCACCGAUCUGGUCACCAUCCCCCAUGGCCCAAAUGUCACGGUCCGGGCCAACAUUGCCGCCAUCACCGAGUCGGACAAGUUUUUCAUCAACGGCUCCAACUGGGAAGGGAUCUUGGGCCUGGCAUAUGCCGAGAUUGCCCGGCCUGACGACGCCCUGGAGCCCUUUUUUGACUCCCUGGUGAAGCAGACCCAGGUGCCGAACGUCUUCUCGCUGCAGCUGUGUGGGGCGGGCUUCCCACCCAAUGACUCGGAGGCCCUGACAUCUGUGGGGGGCAGCAUGAUUAUUGGGGGCAUCGACCAGUCGCUUUACGUGGGCAGCAUCUGGUACACGCCGAUUCGGAAGGAGUGGUAUUACGAGGUCAUCAUUGUCAAGGUUGAGAUCAACGGGCAGGAUCUGCAAAUGGACUGCAAGGAGUACAACUACGACAAGAGCAUCGUCGAUAGUGGCACCACCAACCUCCGGCUCCCCAAGAAAGUAUUUGAGGCAGCUGUGAAGUCCAUCAAGACGGCUUCCUCGACGGAGAAGUUCCCUGACGGCUUCUGGCUGGGGGAGCAGCUGGUGUGCUGGCAGGUGGGCACCACCCCCUGGCACAUCUUCCCGGUCAUCUCUCUCUACCUGAUGGGCGAGGCCACCAACGACUCCUUCCGGAUCAGCAUCCUGCCCCAGCAAUACCUGCGCCCUGUCGAGGACGUGGCCACGUCUCAGGAUGAAUGCUACAAGUUCGCCAUCUCGCAGUCUUCCACCGGCACCGUCAUGGGUGCGGUCAUCAUGGAGGGCUUCUACGUUGUGUUUGACCGUGCACGCAAGCGCAUCGGCUUUGCUGUCAGUGCCUGCCACGUCCAUGAUGAAUUUCGGACAGCGGCCGUGGACGGGCCUUUUCCGCACUCCAACAUGGAGGACUGUGGCUACAACAUUCCCCAGACGGAUGAGUCGACGCUGAUGACCAUUGCCUACGUCAUGGCCGCCAUCUGCGCCCUCUUCAUGCUCCCGCUCUGCCUCAUGGUCUCCCAGUGGCGCUGCCUGCGCUGCCUGCGCCGGGCCCAGGACGACUUUGCUGACGACAUCUCCCUGCUCAAGUGACCUCGGCGGCCCCCUCCCCACCCGCCUUCUGGCAGCAGAGGGGGCUGCUGACCUGGGCAGGGCAGGGCGCCCCCACGGUCGGAGGGGCUGGGGGGGCACUCUGGAACUGCUUUGGGCCCACAGCCAGCGCAGCGACUGGGGUGCAGUUCAGCAAAAGCCCCACCUGACUCCCCCCCCACCCAGUGACUGAAAUGAUGGUUUACAAAGCUGCUGCUGCUGCCGCCGCCACCACACAGACCCCCCCCCCACCCAGCCUGGUGGGAGAAGCGUGCUGGGGUGAGACGUGGCGGGCCAGCGAGGGGGCUGAGCAGCGAGACCUCUUCUCCGCUGGCUUCGUGGUCCACCCUGUGGCUGUGACUCUCUUGGCCACGGAGGCUUCGUAACAGGAGCAGCAGCAGCAGCAAGACCCCCCCAAUGUUGCUUCUAGAUAGAGCCGCUGUGAGUACCUCUUGUUCCUUAAACAUAUAUAUAUAGAGAGAGAGAGAGAGAGAGAGAGAGAGAGAGCGAGAGAGAGAGAGCGAGCGCACCCCUCGGCCUUGACAGGCAGCCUCCGCCCCCCCAACUGCCUCUCUGAGCUGGACUCGGGGUUGGGGUGGCAGCCCCAGGAAGCGGGUCCCUCCCCAGGGUGGCCCAUUGACUCCAUUUGCCGGGACGGCUCCGAAAGAGAAGGGCCCCGCAGGGACGAGCCCCGGCUCUCUCCAGGGGUGCAUUAGUGCCAGCCUGAACUGCCAGUGCAGUGGCUCACCUCGUCGCUGGGAAUGCCUCCGCCCACCCCACCCUGGCAGCUGUUGGCGCUACUGGCGGCUGAUGACCUUUGCCUGUGUCAUGGCUGCCAUCUGCCCGGGCCCGGCGGGGGCUCAGGGAAGUGCAGCGCUCUCAGCUGGCCCCCUCCCCAGGCUGCCAGGGACUGGGACCCUGAUACCAGCCCUGCUGGCAAUGCCUAGGAUCCCACUGCUGCUGCCCCCCCCGGGCUUUGGUGGGGCGGCUGGUGUUGCGGGUUCAGGAGCAGCAAUUCCUCCCUCCCUCUCUCCUAGGCCUGGACUCUGCUCCCAGGAGGGGGCCAGCUGGGAGGGGGCCAGCUGGGAGAGCCCCCCCUGCCCAGACUCACAUGCAGGGCCCCAGGAGGCCUUCCCAGGGAAGGCUGCCAUGAACAGACCCCCCCGCCCCCCCAACCUGCUCAGAGACCAAAGCCCGUCUCCGGCGGUGCUGACGGUGCCCUUGCUCCCCUCCACGCCUUUUUCCAGGCCUCCCCUGCGCUCUGCCGAGGACUAGGGCUGCCCUCCCGGAUGCUCUCCGCUUGUACAAUACUCUGUAAAUAUUUGUAAUACUGCCCCCCCCUCCCCCAUUUAUCUCAAAAGGCAAGCGGGGGGUGGGGGGAAGGAGCCAACCUUUUUUUAAAAAAAAACACACAACUGCUGGUUUGUUUCCAAGGUCUGGUUGCUUUUAUACUUGUCUGCUGGGGGGGUCAGUUGGGCCAGCCAGGAGGAAGGGAGGGAGACGGGAAGGGACGGAUGCACUUUAGGGAUUGCUCCAGGUUUGGAGUGGAGCUGGGGGCUGUUCUCUGCCCAUCCCUGUUCCCAGUGAGGGGCUGUGGGGUGGGAGUCCAGCUCCAGCUGCUGCUCAGAUGGUUGGUUUAAAAUAAUCUCGUGGCAGUGAGGGGAAGGGGGGUCCCUCCCUCUCCCCAAGGUGGCAGGCGCCCCCCCCCCCACACACCCCGGUCCCUCUUCUAGCAAGGUAUUUCAUGUGGAGGCAACUGCCCGUCCCUGGCAUGUUUUCCAGCAGUGAUGGCUGCUGCUCUGCUGCGAGGGGGCCAGGACUGCAGGCAGCUCCCUCCAGCGGGGCCCCUGGUCCCUCCAGCCCCAUCUCCUGGGAGAGUGACUUUGCAGCUCUGGGGCAGAGCGUCACCCCGCAGGCGCAGAACCCCCUGCCCCCGUUUGCCUUGUCCUAGUUGGGGGAGAGGCAGAGUAAGCACAGGGGGGGGGCGCUGGAGAAAUGCUGCCUUGGUCAGGGGAGUUGCUGCAGGGCCAAGCGUAGCACAGCCCCGGGGCAGAGAGAGCACAAAGCCUCUGCUGAAGAUGUGCACGCCAGGGAGGCGGGGAGCCGAGCCUCUGCUCCUGGUGCGGCCCAGGGCAGCAUCAUAGCGGAAGUGGCCGGCAGGCGGGUGCAACCUGGUCCCUGCCCACCCCUCACCUCCGCGACUGCCUGGCGUGCUGGUGACUCGCUUAAGCAGACGACUCCCGGGCAGAGUCACCCGCUGCAAGCCCCCCCUUGGCCCCAGUGCCCAGGAGUGGGGCCAGAAUUCUAGUGGCAAGAAGGAAUGUGUGGGUGGGGGGGGGGGGCAGUUGGAAGGAAGAUCCACUCAUGGCAGGCACCAAAGGGAUUAGAGCACUCUGUCACCCCCCCUCCCAAAACGUCUAUAUAAGUCAUGAAUGUUAAUACAGUAAAUUAUUGCAUUAAAGAGAGAAAAGCC